AAGUGAUAAGGAAACAUUUAAGUGUCAUAUGUUUUCGCAGAGGUUAGUGCAGAAUUAUGUUGAUUCGGUCAUGGGUCGUGGAGGAUAUCACUCCAAUAGGGCGGAGUUCCUAUCAGACGAAGCCAUUUUGAAAUAUAGUCGCAAUGGGGGAUGUUUUGUAACCACUAAAAAAGCCAUAGGAUUUGUAGUAUUCGCUCUAAUCUCUCUAUUAAUUGUAGUUUUAUUAAUGUAUUAUUAUGGUCCGACAAAAACUAGUGAAAAGAUAAUUAAAGAAUCGAAUGAUAUAGAAAAGUUAAUAAACGACACAAUAAACGAAGAAGCGACGAAAGAAGCUCUGCGAUUACCAAAAGCAUUAUAUCCUCUGCAUUAUAGACUGUGGGUUCAUCCCGUUUUAGACGAACACAGUGAGAAAAACUUCACCUUUACUGGACGUGUCAUAAUAGAAGUCAACUGCAUUGAGGAUACGAAUAAAAUCAUACUUCACGCAGAUGAUUUAAAUAUUUCCGAAUCCGAUAUUAAAGUUUAUACCACGAAACAGGUUGAAGUAACUACAGAGCUACCAACCGGUAACACUACAGCCCAUAACAUAUCUCGUAGAGCUGCCGAUGAUGCAGAAACUACGACAGAAACUGCAACAACUAUGACAGAUACAACACUUCCAACUGAAGAGGAUAUAACAACUACAGAAGUGGUAACUGAUCUAACCGAUGCAUCAACUAUUAUAACAGAACCAGUUACUGAAAAGAUCGUCUACAGAACUGAAAAUAUACCGUUACGUGUACUAACGCUCGAAACGGACGAAAUUAACUUUAAAAUAAAAAUUUCCUUGGCGGAAGUAUUGGAAAGUGGGAAAACUUACAUGGUCGAAAUCAAGUUUGCUGGAGAAAUUAUUGAGAAUUUGAUUGGAUUGUACAAAACAAGUUACGUUGACUCAUUAGGAAGUACGAAAUGGCUAGCUACAACUCUCCUUCAACCGACAUCUGCUAGAAGAAUUUUUCCAUGUUUUGAUGAACCAUAUUUUAGGGCGCCCUUUGAAAUUAGUGUCGCUAGGAGAACGAAUAUGACUGUAUUGUCAAAUAUGCCAAUUAAACAAACUGAAGUAAUGAACGAAACCGAUUGGGUGUGGGACCAUUUCCAGCAGACACCUUCAAUGUCGACAUAUUUGGUCGCGUUUACGAUAAGCGACAUGAAGAGUCUUUCAGCUAAUAUUACAGCAGGACCACCUGUCAAAAUUUGGGCACCCGAAAACGACCUCAGCCAAGCACAAUAUGCACUAGACGUCACAAUGGAAUUAUUACCGUUUAUGGAGGAUUAUUUUGAUAUGAAGUUUCCUUUACCCAAGUUAGAUUUACUUGCAAUUCCUAAUUUUGGUAAAGCUGCUAUGGAGAACUGGGGUAUCAUAUCGUUUAGAAAAUCGUCACUCUUAUUUGAUCCUAAUUCAACUAGUAUUAAGACCAGAAGCUAUAUAUUAGCGAAAAUUGCUCAUGAAUUAGUCCAUCAGUGGUUUGGAAACUUGGUUACGAUGGAAUGGUGGUCCGACCUCUGGUUAAAUGAAGGACUUGCCACGUUUAUAUCGGAAAUAGCAAUUACAACGCUAAGACCUAAAUGGCAUGCUUAUAGCAGCAUUAAAGUUAGAGAUACCUAUAAUACACUAAACUCCGAUAGUCUCAAAUCAUCAAGGAGUAUGCAGAGAGAUAUUAUAACAAAUGCCGAAAUUGAACAAGUAUUCGAUCCUAUCAUCUACAGAAAAGGAAGCAGCAUUCUAAAAAUGUUAAACGCUACACUAUCACACGAAUAUUUCAAGAAAGGUUUACAAGAUUUCAUCAAGAAAUUCGCUUACAAAUCUGUUACUCAGGAUGAUUUAUGGUCCAUUUACACAAAUACCGCCCAAAAUCAGAGUCUUAUUCCCGACACAGUCACGGUUAAAGAUCUAAUGAACUCUUGGUCUGUGCAAAGCGGCUAUCCAUGUGUAACCGUUAAUAGAGACUACUUUACUGGUGUUGCCACCAUUAAUCAAACUAAGAUGACAGAGGAUGCGAAUGUCACUUCUGAUGCUCUCUGGUACAUUCCUAUUACAUAUAUCACGAAAGGUAAUAGUGAAAUUAAGGAAAUAUGGUUGGAAAAUGUGAGAGAAACCAGUUUAAAUAUGAGUGGUAUUGGAAAUGGGUCUUGGAUACUUUUAAAUAUUGACGAAACAGGAUUUUAUAGAGUGAACUAUGAUACACACAACUGGAAGCUGUUAAUUUACCAACUAAGAACAGGUUCCAAUCAAAUCCCCGUAACAACAAGAGGUCAACUUAUCGACGAUUCUUUUGCUUUGGCAGAAGUAGGAUUAAUUAAUUACACCAUAGCUUUUGAUUUAGUCAAAUACCUUUACAUAACCGAGCCUAAUUACAUACCAUGGUACAGUGCUUUAAGAAAUAUGGAAGAACUGAGAGAAAUCAUUAGCAACUAUGAAUACUCUGGAUUGUAUGACAAUUUCCUGCUUAAGCUUGUAACACCAAUGUACAACGAACUAGGAACGGAGACCAGAGUUUUUGAUACCCAAAAUGAAAAAUUGUUAAGGUUGCAUAUCGUUAUAUCGGCGUGUAAAUUGAGAUACGGUAAAUGUAUUACUUGGGCUAGGAAUAUAUUCUAUCAAUGGAUGAAACAAGGAGAUCCUGAUACAGAAAAUCCAAUUCCAGUUGAUUAUCGGUUUAUAGCACAAUGUGCUGCUAUUAAAUCGGGUGGGCCUGUUGAAUGGGAUUUCCUUUGGAAUCGGACUCGUUAUUCGAAUAUAGCGCCGGUGGAUCUACAAACAGCAUACCAAAGUUUAGGGUGUACGUAUGAUCCUUGGUUAAUAAACAGGUAUUUGGAGUAUUCGUUAUCAGGCAACGUUAGCUUGGAAUAUGUUCCCUACGUCUGGCAAUCCAUAAACCAUCCUGUGGGAGUUAGAACUGGUUUUCAAUUUCUAAGGUUAAAUUGGAACCUAAUUUAUAAAACCUACGAGGAGGUUUAUUUAGUUUUUAGUACAAUUUUCCAUGACUUCCUUGGACAAUUCUCCACUGAAGCUGACCUAGAAGAUCUGACAACCUUUUAUAAAAUCCACCAAACCGACCUAAAAACCAUCUCCACAGUUCUGCAAAGUACAGUUGACAGAAUAAAAGUCCGCAUUAACUGGAAAACGAAGCACUUGGAUUCAGUAGUCAAUUGGUUGAAGAGAAACAGAUAUUAAAACAAUAGUGUCAUUGCAUAGUAUUGUAUAUUAUAAGUAAAGCUUAAGUUGUAUAUGUGUCUAUUACAGAUGAGUUUGUUAUUUUUGUGUAUGUAUGUAUCUAGCUGUAGUGUCCAGUUUUUCUCGAUUUGUAAAAUAUUAAUUAAACAUGUAUCGUACGUAUUUGAAUUGGAUAAUUUAAUAAACCUAGUCAAACAGAAUGUUUCGUUUAUGAUUGCUCUAAUAGGGAGAAUUUUUAUUACUUAAAAAAAUUAAGAUACUGAAAUAAAUGGCAAAAAUUAUGUUAUUAGGGGUAGGGUGGAAUAGUGGCCGCCUAAGCAUUUUGGUUUAUUUAUACUGCUACAUAGCUUUAAAAAUUAUACUGUUAACGUAAAUAAAACUUCAAAUCAUAGUACUUCAAACUCUAUUUACGAAAAAUUUAUAAACAGAACAAAAAAAAAUUAAAACGGUUUUUCAGACUUUUGCUGGUGGCCAUAUUUACCCACUGCCGAGGGGUAAAAGUGGCCACUACCACUAUUACCCCCAUUAAAAAAUAAUUAAAUGCAGAAAUCGUAAAUGUAAAUUUUGCCUUCGAAACUGCUACAGUCUUUGUAUGCCCAUUGGCCACAAAUGCUGCAUUGGAUCCAGAGUUAUCUGUUUUUACCGAAUUCGCCACAAAAUGUGUAAAUUUCUUCGUUAACGUCUCUAUCACGGCCAUCAUCAUCAUCCUCAUCUUCAGAUGAUAUAUCUUCUGUGAUCUUCUGUGUUCUUAUGCAGUUUCUUUUUGGAACUAUUCGCGGAGGACUGGACUCUUCGAUGCCUAUAUUUCGUUUCGUUCCUUUGCUGGCUUUAUUUUUCAUUUACUCGUCCUUCUUCCGCUGUUUUUCUUUAAGAAUUAACUUCAUUGGUAUUGAUGUCAUUAUUUCGGAAUGUUGCUUCCUGUUGCUUUUGUGGUUGAAUCUUUUAUUUCCAACUGAGUCAUCUUUUGAGCAUCCUGGUAGUGGAAUUAUGUAAAUAAAAGAUACUUCCUUAUUAUUCUUUUCCUUAUCUAAUCCACUUUUUUUCUCUUGGUCUAGUGUUUUUUUAUCUUUUUCUUGUAUAAAUGAUUCACCUGGAGCAAAGCCUUCAUCGGUAAAAUUUUCAAGAUUAUAUGGAAAUAUAUAUAAAUAUAUUCUCAAAACCUUGAAUAGCUUUGACUGGUGUGGCUACGCGAUCGUAUGAAUUUUUAAAUAUUUCAGCUAUUUUAGAAGACUUCGAAGGUAAUUGCCACAUUCAAUGUUAUCCACUGAUUUUAAUCAUCCAGCGAUUGUAGUCGAUGCGAGUGUGCGGGGGUACCGUUAACAUAAUAAUUCCUCGUUCUUUACAGAAAUUAUAUGUCUCUAAUGUACAGUGACUACUGUGAUUGUCGACGAUUAUCAAAAUUGGAUCCUCCUUUAAAGGUUUUACAACACUGUAAAAAUGCUGGAGCUAUUCGAGAAAUAUUUACUCAUUUAUCAACCCAUUCUCCGAGCAGCAGUUCCUGAGGCACUUAUGCAGCACAUAAUAGUUGCUGUUUGACCUCUUUCUGUGCUUGUAAUAAAGCCUACUCUCUUUUGUUCCUUUUCAUUAAGAAUUUUUCCGGGGUUUUGGACAGUUGUUAUGCCUGUCUCAUCCGCAUUAUAUAUGUCUCAUCUGCAUAUAUCAAGUAGAUAUGGAGUUAAUACUUGUCGCCUCCGGUUUUCUUAAUCGAAUAGUUGAAUUUCUUUUAAGGAAGCCGUCAAGCCAGUCUAUUCCAGUAAUUUCUUUUUCUUUGGAAAAUGUAUGAUGUAAAUUUUUUCUUCAGCGUAUUUAUAGGCACAUUUUUUUAUUUCUGUGGGAGUAAUCCCAUAAAAAUGUUUUGAUAACUUUAUGACUUACUUUGUCAACACUUCAUCUUCUUUGGUAAAUACAGAAUUACGACCUAAAGAAGCAGCUGUUGUAUCAUUUCGCUUUAGUUGAAUUGUAGAUGUGGGAAUUUCAAAACUUCUUGCAACUUCACGGAUGCUUUUGCCAUUAUUUACUGCAUUUCUUGCUGCACUAGUUGCAGCAUUCCAUCGUGCUUUGUCACUUUUUCUGUUGUAAACUCGAGGCAUCUGAAAUAUAAGAAUUUAUAAAGAAAUACUCUGUAUUAUAUAACUCCAAAAUACGUACUUACUGAUCGACUCAUAUCAUUAAUCACUUAAAUUAGAACAAGAACUUUUAAAAAUUUAACAAAUGGGUACCAAUUAUGCAGCUAAAUAAACUUAAUUACACACUUCUACACACCUUUAAAAAUCUUACAUUAUUACAUCAACUUCAACAAAAUAUGACAUUUUCAAAAAUUCCUUCUUUGCCGACAAAACAUCUUCAUUGUUUUAGGUACAGUUUGAACGAAAUACUGUUAGAUGGCGCAACAGGUAUUACCUAAACUCGAAAUAAUGUAAAUGUAUUAUAUGUAGAAUUCGCAUUGCAGAGAUAUUAGAAACGGUAACAGCGGUGAUAUUUACGACUAUUUUUACUAUACACUAAUUUAAUAGUAUUCGACAAAAAAAAAAACGAAAGUGAAUAUUUAUUUUUUAAUUUACAUAAUUUACUUGUUCCAAUUGUGCACCAUUGCAUCGCAAACACUCUUCAUAACUAUUUUGCAGAUUAUCCAACAUAUUCAUAAAGAGUGGUCGCUACAAUUGUUGAAAAUAGGUUAUUAUCUUUUGUCGUAAUUCUCCGAUAUCUACUGGCGGAACUUCUGAAUUCAUUACUGAUUCCUUCAGCCCGCUCCAAAUGUAUGUAUCAGAUGUGUCAGAUCAGGUGAAUGAGCUGGCUACUUAAAGUCUGUCAAUACACUACCAGCGUUAUGAAAUUUCUAAAAGAUUGCUAAAAUUACUCUUUUACUGGAGAGACGUCUUAUUAAACACUUGUCAAUAUUUUUCAGACACUUGUUUUAAACUUGGUCCAUUAGUCAGUCCAUUUCCGUAUUAGCGGAAAUAAUGCUCUAGUAUAAACACUUUGUCUUCAGUUAUCAGAACCAUUUUCAUGACAGUUUUAAUAAUAGAGCACUGUUAAUAUGACUGUUAAUGACAAAUAUGCCCAAUCAGAUAAAUACACAUUGUGUGCACAGUCUUACAGCCAUCUAAAUUUCGAUACUCUUGAUACUUUUCGAUUACUACUGUUAAUAAUUAUAAUUUCUAAUUACAUUAGAACAACAAACAAUUUUAAAUUUCUCAUCAUUAAAUCGUAAAUCGUUGUCUGUUGCUACAAUAAGCUCUGGCAAUCCAAAUCACCUUACUACUUUUUGGCCAACCACUUAAACUAACAUCCUUUUUCUCAUCAGACAAGAUUUAAAUGCUCUUAAUAACACUCCUAUCUUUUGAUUCAACUUUGGACACCAAGUGUUUUGCUAUCAAUACGCUUCUAACCAUACUUGGGAGACUCUAGUUUAUUAAUCUUAGAAAUUAGGGCCUUAAUUUUUUGGAAUAAUGACGCUAUUACUCUUGUCAAACAUUCAUUAUUCAUGUUACGUUUGUUUCUCUUGGUAAAAUAAAGUUUCCGUUUCAUUUUAUUGUAAAAUGGUCAUUCACGUCUUAUGCAAUUUAUUACUUUUGACUACAAAUGAUCUUUCGUUGUUUCUACUUGUAUAGUUUCUACUGCUUAUAUUUCUGCAUAUCCGAAUACGUAAAUAUAUACUUAUUCUUUAUUUCCACAUGCUUAUCCCAAUAGACAAACAAUAUUAGCUAUUUCACAUGCCUUUUUUGCCUUCAUGUCAUAAACGUAUGCCGAUUAUUUUACUGUUAUCUGCUAUAGUGAUCGUGCUAUGUAAAUGCACGCAUGGGUAAUGUUGGAAAGCUAUUUUCUUUCUCAAAAAAUCAUCCUGAAUGGUUGAUGAUCUGAUAAUAUGAUAAACUUCCUACCAAGAAAUAUAUCCUGUACUUGGCCGUAAUUUACCUGUGGUAGAAAUAAUUUACAUGAGUUAAAUAACAAGGGCUUUGCAAAUCCAUUCUUCACUAAGUACAAAAAGCUUCCAAUCCAUAUGACUGACAUCUGGCGCUACAAUCAACCCUUUACUUUGAUCAAAAUGUUACAGUCUUGGUGUUACACAAUUAGAUAAAGUUUUGCUUGUUCAAACGCUUCUAUAAAACAACAUUUUAUAACUAUAUAAACUAUAAAAGAUUAGACAUUUUUCUGUAAUAACUCAUUUAAGCGGUUUAAUAGAUCUGAAUAAUCUGGAAAAAUUUUAGAAUAAAAAUUGAUUCAUUAAUCUCCCUGUUGUGACACUGGAUCUUCUUCAACGUCCUUUACUUUAGAUUUUAAUGGUCUAAUAUCAUUUUUACUGAAAGUAUGAACGAUAAAUUAGGUCUCAUUUUAAAAGAAAUUACUCUUUUGCAGGUUAUUUUAAUUUUAUGAUCUUCGGUUUCAAGAAUUUUCAAAAUCUUACUGCGUUUUCUCUAUAUUAUCAUAAAAUGAUUUAGAUAUACUUCAACAAAUGACAAUCCUUUAACACAAAAGAUCCGAGACUGCUAAAAACACCAUGAGCUAACAAAUAAGCUUAAAUAGCCCUAAAUGUGAAUUUUUUUGGUUAAAAAUUAUCUUCUUUGUUUAUUCAUAUUUAGAUAUAAGUAAACAAUUCUCAAAUCUUACCGUGAAAAAACAGCCCCUGGCACUACUAAAAGGACAUAAGCAGUGAGUAAUGAUCCACUUUUAAAAUACAGUUUAUUGAAAUUUAUUUAUAUCCUACCUAAUACCUCUUUUAUUUUAUCCUAAUUUAUUCUAUUUUACUACUAGAAUGACAUUAGCUAUGUGAGUAUGUUUAACUGGUACUGAUACCUUUAAAAGGAAAUCGAAUUCUUUCAUGUCUGGUAGGUAAUGGUUCAUUAUUUCUCUUACUAAUACUUAACCAUUUUCUUUAUUCUGGUAGUAUUUAUUUUAAGCUUCAAUGGAUCUCCUGCCUGAAUUACCUGAUUUAGAAGUUAUUAAUGAGCUUUCUAGUUGUCAGCAAUAACCGCAGUUUCAUCAUUGAUAUGCAGGUCCCGUAUCUUAAUUGCGACGCCGCGCCGUUUACUUUUUAUACUGAUUUAUAUCUUGCAAAGCCAUAUCGAGAACUUCUCGUUGUAUUCGUAUUUCGUUGGUGUUGUCUAGUUCUACCUUUACGGGUUUUCUAUGUUUCCAAUAUAAGUUUUUAAAGAGUUUAAAAACCGAAAAAGCUCUGCGAAAUGAUCAAAAAUUCUUUGGGUUUUCUUUAACCGAACCUGAAUGUUAAAUGAAUGAAUGAAUGAAUCCUAGUUUAGGCGGGAAGCCUGUUGAAGAUGGGGCUGCUCCUUUUUUGCGGGAACUUGGAGUGGGUAAGAGCCAUGUCAGUUGAAAUUGGGAGUGGUGAACUGCUAUCGUGGAGGAACAUCAGUUAGAAAUUGGCUUGAUUAAAAGUGCGAGGGAGAAAGAUACCUUGUGUUGCCAGCUAUACUUUGGGAACGGCUCUUGGAUCAGCAUUUUUCAUCAGCGUCGUAAUAGUUUGUUUUCACCUAAGUUGAGAAGCUUGGCUGAGAGGAAUGCAAUAUUUUUCUUGGGACAUCUGUUGAGUGAGUAUAUGCCCUGAUCUAGGAGAUGACAGAAACUUUUUAGGACCUCUUUUGUUCUGUUGUUGGAGCUCUCCAUCGUGUGCUGUACACAUUUUUGCUAAGAGAACGGAUUCUGUCCUUUAUUGAGGGCAUAUCUGCGAGUCGAUGGAUAAGUUCCGACGGAUAAUCUGCACGUCUCCCUAUGAUUCUUCUAACGUUUUUUUUUUCAGCUACCAUGAUGAUAUUAUUUUGCCGUUUGGUUAGAGCCUCAUAUAAGAUCACUUUCUACUCAACAAUGGGCCUUAUGUAUGUCUUAUAUGUAAUCAGAAGGUUUUUGGGGUGUAUUUUCGAAUUUGCCAGACAAUACUCCUAGGAGGUUAGCACUGUUUCUUACCUAAUUUAGGGUGUUUUUAAUGUCAAUGUCCCAGUUCUGAUUUCUAUAAAAUUGAAUUCCCAAAUAGGACACCGAGUUUCUGAAUUGUAGUCUUCCUACGUAGAACAUUGUCUGGUUGCUGUGCUCUUCAUAUCGAGGAAUUAAAGGAUAUCUAAAUAGGAUAGACUGUGCUUUGGACGGAUUAAGUUUAACUCUUUAUUUAUUACACCACUUUACAAUUUUGUUUAAUUGAUCUUGAGCUUUACUGAAUAGAGAUCGUGUCGUGCAGUAUCGUCGGCAUACAAUAGGAUAGACUCGGAUUUAUGUGUAGGGAAGGAGAGGUCGUUUUAGACUGUGUAUAAGAUUGGAGCUAGAAUUGAGUCCUGGCAGCCUCCUGGCUAGUGGAGUGUACGGUGUGAAGAAUUGUGUGGAAAACGGUAUGCUGUUAAAAAUUAAACAUAGUUUCUUAAAACGAUCAAUCUAAUUUUUUGAAUUUUAACACCUUGUAUAUCAAAAACUACUAACCUGAGGGCGAUCGUAACAACAAUAUCAAAACAUAUUACCCUUUUUAAAUACCCAUCUUCUAUUUAAUUUUGGUAGAAAAAUACAGGUUUUUAUUAAAAAAAUCAAAUGGAUGACAUCAUCACGGGUUCAACAAAGAACUAGUUUUUUUACCAAAUCUAACUGAAUAAAGUUUAAAUUUUACUAAAAUGUAGAAAAAGUAUUUAAAUAAGUAUUAAUUUAAAAGAUCAUUAAAUGAGAUUUGACUUAGGCUUUGUUACUUAUAACAGGCAUCUUUAGUUGUUAAACCUAAUUGUAGUUUUAAUAAUUUCCAGUAUAGUUUGUUGAAAUAAAUUAUAGAUAUACUGUUUACAGUUAACGAUUUUUUGUUCUGUUUCUAUUCUCACAUGUUACACCUAUUUAUAAUCUUAAAGCACCAUGUACAUUUUGUUAAAAAUAUAUUUUUUUUUUGUUAGCGAUACACUUAAUGUAAAUACAGCAUAUUUAUUGUAUAAUACUAAUUUAUGUUUUAAUAUAUAUUUCAAAUAACUUUU